AACAGUGUUAACACAAGGUGCUGUCUAAUUCGUGGUUGUUCCAGAGUCUGAUGUAUCGGGUGAAAAAGUGGCACUGGUGAAUUCUGUUCAAGUGAUUGUAUUCAACAGGUACAUCUCGCUGGCUUCGGAGUACCGCGUCUUGUGUACAGGUCAAGGUCGUUUGCACGCAUCCCGUGAUCCUAGUGUUGCAACCACCCACACUCAAGCAUGGGGAAAGGUUUUAACAAUUUUAUGUGUAAGAAGUUCUUCCACCCUGGGUCCAUUGACAAUUUAAAAAGAGUAUGGAUGGCCCAGCAGAAAACAGAUGCUGAAAAGAAAAAGCAGGAGGAACUGAAAUCUCAGUAUGACAAGGAGCAGGAACUUUACAAUAACAAAGCUCUUCUCGCCAAAGGGGAAAAUAAAGAGAAACUGAGCUUGAAUUUCAUGUAUGAACCACCUGCCGGGAUGAAAAAGGAGCGUGAAAGAGAAGAUGGUGAGCCUGAGUUCAAGUUUGAAUGGCAAAGGAAGUAUAAUGGGCCUAGAGAAAGCUAUUUGUCAAAAGAUGAUGACACUAUAAGGGAUCAACCAUUUGGGAUCCAGGUCAGGAAUGUCAGGUGCAUCAAGUGCAAGAAGUGGGGUCACAUCAACACUGAUAAGGAGUGUGAGUUAUAUACUGCUCCAUGGGAGCUAACAAACCCAACAACAUCCACUGACCCACUUGAGCUGAUGAGAGGCAUGCGAGAUGGUGGUCUUGCUUUGAAGGCAGGAGUUGUUGAGGGAACUGCCCCUAUUCCUGUCCAUCAGCUUGUUCCUGAUGAUGAAAAGGCAGACCAAGAGGAGACUGAAGAAAUGCAGUUCAUCAGGUCUUUGUCUCAAAAGCAAAAACUCAAGUUGCUAAAAAAACUGGUCAAGCUCGAAAAGAAGAAGAAAAGGAAGCAUAAGAAAAAGAAAAAGACAAAGUCAAAAAGGGCUUCAUCUGAAUCAGAUUCAAGUUCAGAGAGUGAUGACAGUGAAAGGAAAGGCAAAACAACCAAAGAGGAGAAAAGUCACAAGAAGAGCAUUCAGAGAAAAUCAAAAACGACUCAAGAGCACAAGAAAAAAUACUGCUCAUCAGUAACUGAUGAUAAGGAACAUGGCACAGGCCACACCAAAAGUCAUGUGAGGCACAAUGAUGAGAUGGAAAGGUCAGCAAAGCAAAGUUCAGAUGACAAGAAAGUCUCAUCCAGGCACAGAAAGCAGAAGGAUGGAAAUGAGGGAAGGGAGAGAAGGCAUCAUACACCAGAAAGUAACAGCAGUUCAUCUAGUUAUGAUUCAGCACACAACAGCAGUUCAAGGAAAAGGAAACAUGGUAGGCAAAAUGCUGAACAAGUAAAGAGAGAGAGACACAGUUCUCCUGGAAGCAACAGCAGAUCAUCCAGACAUGCCCAAAAGGAUAGGUCUGUGAGAAAGGCACAAAGCAGAAGUGAUGAAUCACCUAACAAUGGCAGGUCACCUGAUAGGAAGAAGAGAAGAAGUGAUGCACCAUCCAGCACCAGGUCACCAGAGAGGGACAGAGGGGGCAGAAGAAGAGAUGACAACCACAAGCACAGAAGACAUGAUCACCAUGUAAAGCAUGAGAAGGAUGACAAAAGAUAGGUGAAAAGAUCAAGGGAAGAAAGAUGAUUGUUUUAUGCUUGGUCUGAUAUGUUUCAGUGAACUAGCACAUCAUUGGGGAUCUUCUUGAUGUUCACAUGUGAUGCUGAGUUCUCCUUUGUUACAUGUUAAUGGGUAGAACAUCAUGCCCAUUGCACCAUAAAUUGCACCACAUGUAUCAUGAUGAAAAUGGGCUGAAGUCUUGUUCACUGACCACUCAUGUAUCCUGUAAAUACAUGCUGGAUGUGAAUG